CUCCCGGCCACCGUAGCCGCUCUCCAAAUAACAACAUCCCUGCUGCUAUUUGUCUCAGUCAAACUCUGAUCGCUGUGUCGGAGGGUCCAAUGGGUCUCGUUAUGCUUCACAGCUGAGCUCACGUCGGGGCCGUUAGGAAGCGAAAGUCACCGUCAAACCGACACUUUACUCUUCAGGAUGGAAUAUCUGCUCCAGGUGAAAGUAGGCGCUUUGAUCGGGCUGCUGCUCCUCACCCUUCUGUUCGGAUUCAUCCCAGCUCGAGUCAAAUGGUUCCGAGACACAGACGGGACAGACACCCACCGCACAGUUCUGAGUCUGAUCAGCUGUUUUGCCGGCGGAGUUUUCCUGGCAGCGUGUUUGCUCGACAUCAUUCCAGAUUAUCUGUCCGACAUCAACGCAGAGCUGGAUGCUCGGAAAGUGGAGACCAGCUUUCCUCUUCCAGAGUUCAUCAUAGCGGUCGGCUUCUUCACCGUCCUCAUACUGGAGAGGAUUGUCCUGAACUGUCGUGAGCUGAGAGGGUCUCCUGCAGAGAGAGCUCCUCUAAUAGCGGACAACAGAAACGGUCACGGACACGGACACGGUGCGACCACGAGUCCCGAUCUGGAGAGCAGCGGCCACCACGUCCACGUCGACUUCCAGGCUCACUCCCCUUUCCGUUCCUUCAUGCUCUUCCUCUCCCUGUCGCUGCAUUCGGUCUUUGAGGGCCUCGCUAUCGGCCUGCAGAGCACAGAUUCAAAGGUGUUAGAGAUCUGCAUCGCCAUUCUGGUCCAUAAGAGCAUCAUCGUGUUCAGCCUGUCGAUAAAGCUGGUCCAGAGCGCCGUUCGUCCGCUGUGGGUCGUCGCCUACGUCGGAGUGUUCGCCGUGAUGUCGCCUUUAGGCAUCGCCAUCGGCAUCAGCGUGAUGGAGGCCGAGCUGGCAGCCGGAGCUCUGAUCCAGUCCGUCCUGGAGGGGCUCGCCGCCGGGACGUUUGUUUACAUCACCUUCCUGGAGAUCCUACCACACGAGCUCAACUCCCCCGGCAGGCAGCUGCUGAAGGCGCUCUUCAUCCUGCUGGGCUUCAGCAUCAUGGCGGCGUUGACAUUUGUGGGCUGACACUCAGAUCCGUGGCUGUAAUGUGGUCUUUACGAACUGCUGCGAGCUCCUGCCAGUUUCUGGGUCACGUUCUGCCUUCAUCGGGAAAUAAGAAGGAGGUUCACUGAGUUUUCAAUGUCAAAGGGAGCAUGAUGACUGGUUUUAUUGCUUUCAAGGUACUUUUAGAAUUUUUGUAAUUUUAUGGUGAAGGCGUUCAGACAGUUUUUGUAUAUUUAAUUUCUUAUUGAGAUGAUUUUAUGUAAAAAUGAACCACUGACUGCUAAGUUGAAUGACUGAGAGCAAAACAGUAGAUCCUUUCAUUUAUCACUGACCUUAUUUAAAGAUGCAAACCAAACCAACGUUCACACUGUUAACCACUGGAAUCCUGACUCCAUAUCUGUACCUGCAGAUCUUCAAUGUUUACAUAUUCUUUGCUACCAAGUCAAAGGGGAAGUGUGACAGCUCCUCGUUUCCAAAAAGUACUGACUGUGCCUUGUUUUUUUUAUUUUGCAUCAUUUUAUCUUCACUAUGCGCUCAGAUGGUCUCUGUAAAGAGUUAUUGAUGCUGCUUCCAUUGGCAUAUUUGAAAAAAAUCGACUUUUAGAUGAAGUUCCUGAUGUCAGGCUGCUUUUACUGCUCAGUACAAAUUGGAUAAUGCACCACUUCUUACAUUUGUCCAGUAAACAAGUGUUGGAAAGCCAUUUUAAUCGUGGACCAAUGCAUAAGUACAACAUAAAUGUGUAAUUCUUUAUAUAUUCCAAUAACAUUUUGCUGGACACAAGACAGCACAUCGGUUUUCCAUCAGUUCUUUGGGACAACAACACAUUUUAAUAAGCCUAGCCUCUCUGUGUUCCAGCCUGAUUAUGCCAAAGUGAGCCACUGGUACCAUUCCUGUUUUAGUCCGUCAUGUGAUGGUCAGAUCGUUCUCUUGUUGUUGGCAAACAGGAAGCAGGAAUGGGUGGUUUGCUAAAAGAGAAACAGUCAGCAGAUAAAUUGUUCGCGUCCGCUCACAUGUGGCACAUUUCCACGUUAUGGUCAGCUGAUUUUCACUGAAGAUCAUGUUUUGUUUGCUUCUACAAAUAAAGGGCACGUCUGUCACUACAGUGUAAAUACUCACAGCAGCAACCUGCUCUGUAAACAUGCUGCUCUGUUUGAACUGCAUGUGCGACAUUGUGCCUUAUGGCGGCUUCAUGAGAGAGCUGACUUUAUGUUGUACAAACUGAAUCAGAGUAAAUAUAUUAAAACACUAAAACUAA